AUGUCCAAAGUACGCGAGCCUUGUUGCCUUUUAGGGUCACAGAACAAUGAUAUGAAAAGGCAGUUUUUGUUGGAGCGACUCCUGGAUGCAGUGAAACAGUGCCAGAUCCGCUUUGGAGGGAGGAAGGAGAUUGCCUCAGAUUCCGAUAGCAGGGUGACCUGUCUGUGUGCCCAGUUUGAAGCUGUCUUCCAGCAUGGCCUGAAGAGGAGCCGGGGGCUGGCACUGACAGCGGCGGCCAUCAAGCAGGCCGCGGGCUUUGCCAGCAAAACCGAGACAGAGCCUGUGUUCUGGCUCUACGUGAAGGAGGUUCUGAACAAGCACGAGCUGCAGCGCUUCUACGCCUUGCGCCACAUCACCUCCGACGUGGGCCGGGGCCGCGCCUGGCUGCGCUGUGCCCUCAACGAGCACUCCCUGGAGCGUUACCUGCACAUGCUCCUGGCCGACAGAGGCAGACUCAGCACUUUUUACGAAGACUGGUCUUUUGUGAUGGACGAAGAGCGGUCCAGCAUGCUCCCGACCAUGGCGGCUGGUCUGAACUCCAUCCUCUUUGCAAUUAACAUCGACAACAAGGAUUUAAACGGGCAGAGCAAGGUUGCCCCCACCGUCUCGGACCUGCUGAAGGAAUCCACGCAGGGCGUGAGCAGCCUCCUCAGGGAGAUCACGGCGUCCUCCGCUGUGUCCAUCCUCAUCAAGGCAGACCAGGAGACGGACCCGCUGCCCGUCCUGUCCAGGAGCGUCAGUGCCGAUACCAAAUGUAAAAAGGAGCGGAAAAAGAAAAAAAAGGUGACCCACAUCAUCUCCUUUGAUGACGAGGAAGAUGAGCAGAAUGCUAGCGAUGUGUUCAGAAAGACCCCCGGGGCUGGGGAGAGCUCGGAGGACAACUCCGACCGCUCCUCAGCCAACAUCAUGUCAGCCUUUGAGAGCCCCUUUGGGCCAAACUCCAAUGGAAGCCAGAGCAGCAACUCGUGGAAAGUUGACUCCGUGUCUCUGAACGGGGAGUUUGGGUACCAGAAGCUUGAUGUGAAAAGCAUCGACGAUGAAGACGUGGACGACAAUGAGGACGAGGUGUAUGGGAACUCGUCGGGGAGGAAGUGCGUGGGCCACUCGGAGUCGCCAGAGAAGCCUCUGCAUGGGACCUCCGGCCUCUCCCCGGUGCACAGCUGGGCCCCGUUGCAGGUGCUGCAUGGCGAUGCGGAUGUCCUCUUUCCCGUCAGCCCACCAGGUGGCGUGGAAGCCAGUCCCCCGAGCCGAGGAUGUCCUCUGAGCAGCCUGCUGCCUUCUGCCUCGGUGCCAGAGUCCAUGACGAUCAAUGAGCUGCGACAAGCCAUCAUGGCCAUGGUGAAUCGGAAAGACGAGCUGGAGGACGAGAACAGAUCACUGCGGAACCUGCUGGACGGUGAGAUGGAGCACUCGGCUGCACUCCGGCAGGAGAUGGACAUGCUCAAGAGGAAAGUGGCCGAGCAGGAGGAGCGGCAUACUGUGAAGAUCCAGGCCUUAGCCAGAGAAAACGAGGUGCUGAAAGUCCAGCUGAAGAAGUAUGUGGGUGCUGUCCAGAUGCUGAAAAGAGAAGGCCAGACAGCUGAGGUGGUGCCAAACCCUUGGAAUGGUGAUGAAGUGACAGCCGCGGAGCAGCGGCCGGGAGAAGUGGCGGAGGAACUAGCGAGCUCCUACGAAAGAAAGCUCAUCGAGGUGGCGGAGAUGCACGGUGAGCUGAUCGAGUUCAACGAGCGCCUGCACCGGGCCCUGGUGGCCAAGGAAACCCUGGUGUCACAGAUGAGGCAAGAGCUCAUCGACCUGCGAGGCCCGGUGCCUGGAGAUUUGAGUCAAACAUCGGAAGACCAGAGUUUGUCGGAUUUUGAAAUAUCAAACCGGGCGCUGAUCAACGUGUGGAUCCCAUCUGUGUUUCUCCGGGGCAAGGCUGCCAACGCUUUCCACGUCUACCAGGUCUACAUCCGGAUAAAGGACGAUGAAUGGAACGUCUACCGGCGCUACACGGAGUUCAGGAGUUUGCACCACAAGCUACAGACCAAGUACCCUCAAGUGAGGGCCUACAACUUCCCGCCCAAAAAGGCCAUUGGAAACAAGGAUGCUAAGUUUGUAGAGGAACGGCGGAAGCAGCUCCAGAAUUACUUGCGCGGUGUCAUGAACAAAGUCAUCCAGGUGGUCCCCGAGUUUGCCACCAGCCCCCGAAAGGAGACACUGAUCCAGCUGAUGCCCUUCUUUAUUGACGUCACGCCUGCCGGAGAACCACUCAACAAGAACAGUCACCCCAAAGUGGCCUCCCGUUUCCCCAAGCUGUCCCGAGGCCACCCCCGGGAGACACGCAACGUAGAACCCCAGAGUGGCGACCUCUGACCUCAACAGCACCCCAGACACGGGCCACAUGGGCCGCCAGUGACCCCCGAGACCACAUCUCCCCGCUGGUCACAAGACACCCCAUUAAACUGGCCAGUCUCCGCUGCCCAUGGUCCCUGCCCCGAGAGCUGGACAGAUCGGGUGUCACUGCCUGCCACAAGCUGGGGGCCUGCGAGGACCACAGGCGCUCCCGUGGACAUAGGGCCCCUCUUGGCCUAAGGAAGGACCUGCCACGUGGGAGACCAGGCCUCGCCCUCGGGAAGGGAUUGCGUGCGUGGAUCUGGGAGCGACAAGAGGCGCCUUCUCCCUGCGCGCUCCCCGGGAAAUCGUUCGGAGGCAUCACUUGGGGCCAGGACGGGCAGCUUGGCCGGAGGGGCCCGCGCCCCCCCCCCCCCAAUCAUGGAAAUGUCCCCACCCGCUGGCUGCAGCCUCGGGGGUGAGCAGCCCGGGCCUGCUGUCCAGCAGAGGAAAGGCUGAGAGACGAACGUGUGGACAGGUUUCAGUGUGCAGAGGGCAGCCCUGCAGGGAGGCCCCGCCCCCCCACCCCCCGAGGAGAGAGGACCCAGGCCACCCGCCGUCCUCGUGUGCACCGCCCAGCCCAGCGCUGAAGGGGCUCGCAAGUCUCCCUGCCUGCUUCCUGCCGCUGGCCAGCAUGGCCGAGGGCUGUGCUGCCUGGAGUUGAGCACCUCCCCAUUGCCCUGCAUCCCGCACCAGGCCCCUUCCGCUGCACCCCUCAGUGAUCAGGAGACCCACUCGGCUAAUGGUGUGUGUCCCACAGCACCUCAGAGCCUUCACUGGGGAAUGCCCCCCAAAACAGUCCUGCCGUCUGGGGCCACCUGGUUCCCCCAAAAAGGACGAGAGUCGCCCAGCUAGGGGACUGAGUGCCACCCUCAGCCUGGAUCCAAAGACCCACUGCCCCUCAGUGACUCUCCUACUCCAAGCCCCACCUGGCGGAAGGCCCAGAAGAGGCUGGCCUGUCUUCUGAUGCCCACAGGUGACAUCUGAGAAACUGCCCUCUCCCUCCCUGACAUGGGGGCUGUCUAGACCCUCAAAACUGGACCAGGUCCCAGGCCUUGGCCUACCACCCCACCCUCGCCACUCAUGUCAGUGGCCAAGCUUCUCUUAGGGACUUAGCGCCACCUGCACAGCCCAGAGACCACUCGCCAGCCCGGUCCCUUCCAGCCUGGCCCUUUACUCUGAAAGCAGUCAUGCGCAAGGCCUGAAGGUGACCCUGGAAACAGGCUGGCUUCUGAGCCUGGAGCUGGGGUGGGGCGUUCACCACCUCUGCCUGAGAAAGUCCUGCCAGGGUCACUUGAGUCUCACCCGCGACAGUCGCUCUGUGGGAGGCCAGCUGCCGCCACCAAACAGACCUGUCGUCCGAAACGCUUUGGCCAAUCAGUGUUGUGCGUUAUUUCAUUAAAGCAAGCAUUAAAUAUUUGCUUUUUCA